AUGGCUUCAGUAUUCUGGGACUCGAAAGGUGUGAUUAUGAUUGAUUAUCUUGAAAGGGGUCAGACUAUAAACUCUGAUUACUACUGCACCUUACUACGUCGUUUACGAGAGGAAAUAAAAGAAAAACGUCGAGGAAUGCUCAGAAGAAAAGUCCUGUUUCAUCAAGAUAACGCCCGUGUUCACACGUCAGUACAGUCAAUGGCUGAAAUUCACAACUGUGGCUUUGAACUGUUACCGCAUCCGCCGUAUUCACCUGAUCUGGCACCAUCAGACUUCUUUCUGUUCCCUAACCUAAAAAAGCACUUGGGAGGUCAAAGAUUUUCGACAAACGACGAGGUCAAAGCAGCUGUAGACGCAUAUUUUGACUCUAAGGAAGAAUCAUUUUUUUUCAACGGUCUAAAUGCUUGGAAGGGGGAGGUGGCAAAAGUGUAUUGA